CACCACGAUGCAAGUCCGAAGGGUUAGAUUCCAACUUUUAGGCUGACGGACGGGGGUGCGCGUGCCCGCGUCUUGUCUUUUCUCUUUUCCCUCUUCUUCUUCCUCUUCUUCCUCGUCGUCUCCGUCCGUUCGCUCUUCGUCGUCUCCUAUCCUAUAUCUUUUCUUUCGUUACUUGGUGUUUUCGUCCAUUCGUUUCAGAUCUUGUACACGGUACAUACGUAAGAGGGAGAAAGGAGAAGGACAAAAGCGAUGGCGGACACAAUCUCCACCGCGCCCGCGACCACGGCGCCCACUGAGCAGCAGUCUUCACAUCGGCCUGUCUCACCACUCGAACCUCCACCAGAAGCAGCAGCACACACUCCCUCACCAGAACCCCAAGACCGAUCAACAUCCGCCAGCCAACCUCCUCCUCCUCCUCCUCCUGCAGCAGCAGCUCCUCCUCCAACCCAGUCCUCUCCACUCCACCCUCCUCCACCCCACGCCCAAGCCCAAACAUACAUCCCCCCUCCCACCCCCCAACUCACCCACCGCGAGAAACUCACCACGGCGGACAAACACUGGCCCUGGAAAACCGGCCUCCGCACCGUCCUCCUCCUCACCGCCAUCAUCGGCCUCGGCACCACCGCCGCCGCAACCGUAUCCUCCCAACACACCCACCACUACUACGGCUCCUCCUGGGCCAUCGUCUGGGGCCUCGUCACCUUCUCCGCCACAACAAUCUACACCCUCAUCCUCCUCCCCACCUUCCUCGUCCGCGCCCGCGCCCCUCACCCCGGCGCCCUCGUCGCAACAGACCUCCUCCACUGGCUCGCCUACAUCUUCACCGCCCUCCUCCUCACCUACGCCGCCGCACGCGCCCUCGCCUUCGGCGCAGACGGCUUCAUCUCAAACUACUACGGCAGCUCCUACGGCGAAUACACCCUCGCGCAAAACGGCACCUGGGUCUGGAACGCCACGGCGUAUGCUUCCUACUACAACUCCGACUACACGCGCGGCUGCGAGCAUAACUCCACUGGCACCAGUACAUACUACACCUCCCCGUCCCCGUAUUCGUAUGACGACGACGACACCAGCUUCGCUACCUGCGCCGCGCAGGACGCAUAUGUUAAUACCCUCUGGAAUACACGGCAUACCCGGCAGAACACGCUUCUCACGGCGGCCGUGUGCCAGUGGCUUGCGCUGGGACUACACUUUAUCCUCUUCGUCUGGGCGUGCGUGGAUACGCAUAGGCGCAAUGCGGCGCGCACGAGCACGCAGGCGGAGGUGUUGGCGAGUCGGAUCGUGGGGAAUAUGGUGCGGCAGGGGGUGGUUGUGCCGGUUGGGUAUGCCGGGGGUGGGGUUGGUGGUGGGUAUGUGCCUAUGCGGGAUAUGAGUGCGGGUGGGAAUGGGAAUGGGAAUGGGAAGGGCUGGAAUAAUGGGGUUGAUCCGAGGGUUUAUGGGUGGCAGCAGCCGUCGCAGCAGAGUGGGAGUGCGCCGGCGUGGUAUAAUGCUGAGGGGUAUGGGAUGCAGGGACAGCAGCAGUGGCCGUUACCAGAAGCAAUACAUGCGCGCGACGCACAGGCAGCGCAGAUGAAUAUACCGGCUGGCAAGGCGGUGUACAGAUGACGGCGGGAGCGCGUUGGAUCUUUGUGAUAUCCUUUAUUUAUCUGUCCGUAGAGAGAGAAAGAUGCGGUGUAAUGUAUGUAUGGAGGUGGAGAUGGUAGAUGGAGAUGCAGAUGGAGAUGCAGAUGGACAUGGAGAUGGUAUGAUACCCCCUUAAAACCUCACACCUACACAUACUCAAACACAAUCAAACACAAUCAAAAAACAUGACAAAAAAC